CAUCUGCGUCACUCUCCGCCCUGUCCGCCCUUGAUGUCAGCCAUUUUACAUAGGAAUCGAAACUCGCUAGCUAAAUCAGUCUGGAAUUGUCAUAGCAAAUCGAGUAGUUAUAUAAUUAACUGUAGCUUGCCAAUUAAUAACCCUUUUUUUAAGUGGGAAAAUGGAGACUGAUAGCCAAGUUGACUUCAGUACAGAUGAAUUUCCAGAGGGUUCCAAAAUAAACGCAAGCAAAAACCUGCAAGAUGACGGCAAGAUGUUCAUUGGCGGGCUCAGUUGGGACACAAGCAAAACUGAUCUUACAGAUUACUUGUCCAAGUUUGGCGAGGUGCUGGACUGCACCAUCAAAACAGACCUGAUGACAGGGAGAUCCAGGGGGUUCGGGUUUGUCCUCUUCAAAGAUGCUGAAAGUGUAGAGAGAGUCCUGGAGCUUAAAGAACACAAGUUGGAUGGGAAACUAAUUGAUCCCAAGAGAGCAAAAGCAAUGAAGGGAAAAGAGCCUCCUAAGAAGGUCUUUGUAGGAGGCCUCAGCCCUGAUACCCCAGAAGAAGAAAUCCGGGAAUACUUCGGACAGUUUGGCGAAAUUGAAAGUAUCGAGCUUCCUAUGGACGCCAAAACCAACGAACGCAGAGGGUUCUGCUUCGUGACGUACACCGAGGAAAGUCCUGUUCAGAAGCUCUUGGAAUGCAGAUACCACCAAGUGGGAAGCGGAAAGUGUGAAAUCAAGGUGGCCCAGCCGAAAGAAGUAUACAGACAACAGCAGCAGCACAGAGGAGACCGGGGAUACGGAGGGGGCAGAGGAGGGUACAGGGGCCGGGGGCGAGGAGGUCAGAGUAACUACAAUCAGGGUUACGGCAGCUACUAUGGGCAGAACUAUGGGAGCUAUGGCAACGGAUACAACCAGGGCUACAGUGACUACACUGGCUAUGACUACUCUGGCUACAACUAUAAUAGUUAUGGUUAUGGACAGGGCUACGAUGACUACAAUGGUCAGCAGAGCAGUUAUGGAAAGGUGUCUCGAGAGAGUGGGACCCACCAGAACAACUACCAGCCCUACUGAUAAAAUGAUUACACUAAGACUUCUGGUAAGAUCAUCAUUUUGAGUGUCACCUCUGGCUUAACUUAAACCUUUAAAGAUCAAUAGACAAAACAACCUUCUCCCAAACCUUUUUUGGGGGAGAAAGCAAGUGGUUACUCACACCACACGUCCCCUUUUGAAAGAUAAAUCUUAAGAUUGUAAGAAUGUCUAUAGAUCUUUAAUUGUGUAAUGCUUGUGUAGCGGUUUUGCGUUUUAUUAAGCUCUCCAGAAAAAACGUUAGCGUUUUUCUGUAGAUUCUCCUUUUCCCCUGCUUUUUAACAGGUAUUCAUAAGGAAAUAACAUAAAAAGACUUGAUAGCAAUGUAAACAGGUAAAGUACUGCUAAAGGGUGCAAAGUAAGGACCUAUCCUUAUUUUUCCUUUCUUUUCCUAACUGAUAUUGUACCUUGUUUGUACCUGCCAGUGGGGACUUCAUUGCAGGCCGUUUGUCACCUGACCAUGACAUUCUCUGGGCGUCGCACAUAGCGGGCAGAGAGCACGGCAUGCACAAGAAAACGCUGUCCUGUGGUAUGGUCUCUUCCAACUUCCUGUACCAGCGAUAAACAGAAAGAAACAUAAAAGAGAAAAGGAAAAUGACCUUGUUUUUUCAUUUUUAAGUUGUUCAGUGUUUCCUUUAACAAUUGUCUGAAAUUGGUUUUUUACAGGAAUUACAUAAAACGAAACCUUUUAAAGACUUGUAAUUAACGAAUUGUUGUGUAUUCUCUUUUUAUUUUAGUGGUUUUGUGUUUCAGUUCUGGAGCUUCAGUGUUUUCGUUUUGGUUUUUCUAAAAUGACCCCCCUCCUAAAUCGCUUAAACUCAUGAUGCUUGCUUUUUCUUUAUAGCCCUUAGAGAACUACAAUUGAUAAACACCAAACCUUUUUUUUAAACAUAGGUGUUAAAGAUCAUAUGUAAACCAGCUUUAUGACACUAUUGAAAGCUGACACGUUCAAUUCCCUGUUAAAAGCUACUGUGAAUCAAACACAUUUCUUCAAAACAAUCCUCUUCUUGAGGACUUGGGUACAGUGAGGGGCCUGCCCUAUACUGUAACUUAGUUUGCUCCUUUUAAAAUGGAUUAUUGACUAAUCCAGAAUAGUUGAAGCUGUUGCAAUUUGGGAAGCUGUUAGCUGGAGUGCGUGAAGCUGCAAGUCCUACAUAUGAUCUUUAAAACGGAAUGGAGAAAUAAACAUAAACUUAAUAGUUUAAAGUUGACAGCACAAGAAGUUAAACAUUGAGUCAUGGACGUGUUCUUUUUUCGGUUCAGUGUUUCAAGUGGUCCAGAAUGAGUAAAUGCCUGUCUUGUUUCCUUGUUUGCAGACAGACAGGCUGGCUGGAGAAUUACCCUAUACCCUGGUGGCAGUUUGGGGGAAUCCUGUCCUGUCCUGAGAUCAGCUCAUGAUUUUAACAGACCUUCAUUUCAUUGUGUCUGAUUUUGUAAAUAGUGAGUUACCCCACACAAUAAUUUUCCCGUGUUCUUCACCCUCUUCUUCACUUUGUAUUCUUAUGAGGCUUUAGGUCUAGAUUUUGUCAAGAUGUGUGUCUUUAUACCCUAAUUUUCAGCAUUUUGUCUCAAUAGAUUUUUGGCCGUUUCUGAUAAGGGAUUAAUAAAGAGGGUGCAAAGCUG